AUGGUCAACCAGCUGACGAUGCAAAGGAGCGUGGAUGCCGGGCUGGCGUAUAUUAUUUCGAUAGAAAAUCAGGCCAUGAAUAACACGAAUACGGCAGCGAGAUUGGUGAUGGAUAAGGCGCAGGAAGCGCAGCAGGCCCUCCUGGUCGCCAGAACAAUUACAGCAUUUACCGUGGAGCAACGCUAUCUAAUAAAUACAGCGGCUUACGAAGCAAAUGCCGAGAUUGAGAGCACGCGUCUCCAAACGAUCAAAAUGAUCGAGGAGCUGGCGAUGCAAGGAAAGCUGCUAGCCAACAUUGCGCGGAAUUCCUUGAUUCAGCUGAGGAUCUACAAUUCUAACGUCGAUGCGGCCGUCUGUCGCAUGAGCAUCGGCCCGAACGGAGAAAAAGGUUGCGAUGCCUUUCCGACUCCCGGGCCGCUCCCUCUUCCC